AUGUCUUUCAUAGGUUUAUCCAAAAAGCGUCAAUAUGAGUUCCAGGAAACGCUGGGGGCAGGAUCCUUUGGUACUGUUCGUAAGGCUGUGGUGAAGAAGAGCGGCGAGUCUGUUGCCAUCAAGAUUAUUCUCAAAUCAAAGCUUAAAGGUCACUUGGACGUUGUUGAAAGAGAGAUUAAGCUAAUGGCUGUUGUGUCUCAUCCCCAUAUCGUUCGCUUGAUAGAUUGGUUUGAAACAAAGCAUAACUACUAUAUAGUGACUCAAUUGGCUACAGGAGGCGAACUCUUCGAGAGACUAGUACAGAAGACUUGUUUUACUGAGUACGAUGCAUGUGAGAUCGUUUAUCAAUUACUUACUGCCAUUGAUUAUCUUCACUUUAAGGGAAUUGUUCAUAGAGAUAUCAAACCGGAAAAUGUAUUAUAUCUGACAAAGGAAGAGGGUUCUCCAGUGGUGUUGGCCGAUUUUGGUGUUUCCAAGCAGAUUUCUGCUGGAGGGAAUGAGAAAAUCACAGGUUUGGCUGGUUCUUAUGGCUAUAUUGCCCCAGAAGUGUACGCUAGCGAGGGUUUUGGUGACCUAUACGGUCUUGGUAAGGGAGGAUACACUAAAGCCUGCGACAUUUGGUCUUUAGGUGUCGUUGCAUACACUCUGAUAGGCGGAUAUUCGCCAUUUAGAGCAGAAACUCCAGAGGAAUUUCUCCAAGAGGUGAGAAGUAAUAAUUUUGUCGUGUUUCACCAGAAGUACUGGAAGGAUAUCUCUGAGGAAGCCAGAGAUUUCAUCGUUAAGACUUUGGAUAUCGACAACCGUCGUAGACCCGCAGCCAAGAAGUUGCUCGAGCAUCCUUGGAUAGUCCAUCAUCUCGAACACAAGAAAAGUCCUCCUGAGCAACGCAAUAUCAUCUCCAAUAUUCAGGAGGGAGUCAAUGCUGAGGCCAAAUUACGCAAGGCUGUCAGAUUGAUUAUGAUGAAGAAUAAAUUAGCCAAGUUGAGAGACCUGAGAGCUUCUGCCGAUAGUGAUUUUGACUCCGAGUCUGAAGAUUUCGUUUUCCAUGGAACGCCGACGGAUCAGAAAGUUAUCAAAGAUUUCUCUGCAUUAUCGUUAGAUGAAAAGCAGGAAAGAAGCAAUCAUUUAACUUCUGCGUUCCAGAACUUGGUCAAAUUGGCUCAGGAAUCUAAGGACCAAAUACGUGAGUUUCAGAAGACCGAUAAGGAAACUAAGUAG